CGAGCCAACCCCUUCACCACCAGCUGGCCGCGCCCCGGGAAGGGAAGUUUGGGGCGGAGGAGGUUCCUACGGGAGGAGGGGGAGGCGCCCACGCAUCUGGGGCUGACUCGCUCUUUCACAAAACGUCUGGGAGGAGCCCCUGGGGCCACAAAACUGCCUCCUUCCUGAGGCCAGAAGGAGAGAAGAAGUGCAGGGACCCCGCGCACAGGAGCUGCCCUCGCGACAUGGGUCACCCGCUGCUGCUGCCACUGCUGCUGCUGCUCCACACCUGCGUCCCAGCCUCUUGGGGCCUGCGGUGCAUGCAGUGUAAGAGCAAUGGGGAUUGCCGGGUGGAAGAGUGCGCCCUAGGACAGGACCUCUGCAGGACCACGAUCGUGCGCCUGUGGGAAGAAGGGGAAGAACUGGAGCUGGUGAAGAAAAGCUGUACCCACUCAGAGAAGACCAACAGGACCAUGAGCUAUCGGACUGGCUUGAAGAUCACCAGCCUUACCGAGGUUGUGUGUGGGUUAGACUUGUGCAACCAGGGCAACUCUGGCCGGGCUGUCACCUUUUCCCGAAGCCGUUACCUUGAAUGCAUUUCCUGUGGCUCAUCAGACAUGAGCUGUGAGAGGGGCCGGCACCAGAGCCUGCAAUGCCGCAGCCCUGAAGAACAGUGCCUGGAUGUGGUGACCCACUGGAUCCAGGAGGGUGAAGAAGGGCGUCCAAAGGAUGACCGCCACCUCCGAGGCUGUGGCUACCUUCCCGGCUGCCCAGGCUCCAGUGGUUUCCACAACAACGACACCUUCCACUUCCUGAAGUGUUGCAACACCACCAAAUGCAACGAGGGCCCAAAACCGAAAAACCAAAGCUAUAUGGUAAGAGGCUGUGUAACUGCCUCAAUGUGCCAACAUGCCCACCUGGGUGACGCCUUCAGCAUGAACCACAUCAAUGUCUCGUGCUGUACUGAAAGUGGCUGUAACCACCCAGACCUGGAUGUCCAGUACCGCAAGGGGGCUGCUCCCCAGCCUGGCCCUGCCCAUCUCAGCCUCACCAUCACUCUAUUAAUGACUGCCAGACUGUGGGGAGGCACUCUCCUCUGGACCUAAACCUGAAACCCCCCUCUCUGCCCUGGCUGGAUCCAGGGGACCCCUUGCCCUUCCCUUGGCUCCAGCCCUACAGACUUGCUGUGUGACCUCAGGCCAGUGUGCUGACCUCUCUGAGCUUCAGUUUUGCCAGCUGUGAAAACACCUAUCACAAAGUUGUGCGAAGCAGAAGAGAAAAGCUGGAGGAAGGCCAUGGGCCAAUGGGAGAGCUCUUGUUAUUAUUAAUAUUGUUGCCGCUGUUGUGUUGUCAUUGUUAUUAAUUAAUAUUCAUAUUAUUUAUUUUAUACUUAAAUAAAGAUUUUGUACCAGUGAACAA